AUGUCAGGUGGAGCAGAACUCCUCUUUGAUGGGGUAAGGAAACACCAGGUGAAUUUGCCCCACCAAUCUGAACCUUGGAACCUCCGGCAUUUGCUGACGUGGAUUAAAGAGAAUCUGCUGAAGGAGAGGCCUGAAUUAUUUGUGCAAGGAGACUCCGUGCGCCCAGGAAUUCUGGUGCUUAUUAAUGAUGCAGAUUGGGAGCUGAUGGGCAACUUGGACUACCAACUGCAAGACCGGGAUCACGUGGUUUUCAUCUCCACCUUACACGGUGGCUAGGCCGCCGGGGUGCGCGAAGGUGUGUAUGUGU